UAAAAUAUUGAAUUCAAUUAACAACUAUUUACUGCUAUUUAUAAUAACAUUAUUUAUAUUAAUUAAUAUUACAACUAUAUGUGCCGACAAUAGUCAUGAUAAUAAUGAUAACGAUGAUGAUCUGUAUUUUGUUAAACUUAAUCAAAUAUUGACUAACUUAGAGCUAACUGGCCUAGAGUUGGACGAAAAUGCUAACGAUGCUAAGCUAUUUGUCAAUAUUUUAUUAGCAGCCGAUGCGGCCAAACGUGACAACCAGAGUUGCCACGAGUGUAAUGAGACGCUCCGGUAUUUUAAAUCUGUGGCCAAUAUUGCCGACCAAAUCAAACAGUCAUCGAAAUCUUUGUGUCGGGCAAUCAAACCAUUUGAUUCGGAACGUGUCUGCUUGGGUACUAUCGAACGGUUUGUCGAACCGUUGAUUUAUGCCUUACAGCUCUCGAAGAUAACAGUACCCGAAAUAUGUGCCACUUAUUUACAUCCCGAUUGUAUGACACACUAUGGCCUACCAUUAACUCAUGCAACCAAUUGGGAGCUACAUAUACCUGCCUUAACAGUUGAUCCCAAUUCCUAUUACAACAAUAGCGAAAAUGGUGGUCAAUUGAAAAUGUUGCACUUGACCGACACACACAUGGAUCUGUAUUAUACACCCGGUGCCAGUUCAGUGUGCGGUGAAUCCACCUGUUGUCGUCCUACGAGCUAUGGUCACAAUCAUUCGGCAGGUGUUUGGGCUGAAACAAGAUACCUGUGCGAUGUUGGACUACCGUUUGCCGAACAGGCCAUCCGACACAUGGGCGCCGAACAUCCAGACUUAGAUUUUGUCAUAUGGACGGGUGAUAACGUACCGCACGAUGAAUUCAAUAGUACUCAACAACAGGAUCUCGAAAAUAACCGAUUGAUAGCCAGUGUUGUAAAGUCGACAUUUGGCCAAAAACGGGUGUUUCCCUGUUUGGGUAAUCACGACACACAUCCAUUCAAUCAAUAUAUACCCUAUGAGAUUGAUGUCAAAUCCAGUGGUCAACACUCCAUGAGUUGGCUCUACAAGACAUUGGCUGACGACUACUGGUCCCAAUGGAUCAACACAGCGAAGGCCAAAGAGUCGUUCAAAAUAGGCGGAUAUUACUCAGCAAUGGCUACCGAUCGCAUAAAAGUUGUUAUUCUCAACAACAAUAUCUGUCAACACAGAAACUGGUGGUUAGCCUACGAUCCGGUCGAUCCCGACGGACAACUCAAAUGGCUUAUCGAUGAACUGUACGCCGCGGAGCUCAACAAACAGACAGCUAUUAUAAUAGGACAUAUACCCCCAUACCAGACAAAAGUUUGCUACACAGCCUGGGCAAGUAAUUAUUUUAGGAUAAUGGUCCGUUUCCAGCACCUGAUAGUUGGCCAGUACUAUGGACAUACACAUUUGGAUGAGAUUGUUGUAUUUUACGACAAAAAUCGUACCACUAAUCAAACGUAUCCCAUAUCACAUGGCUAUAUUGGAUCUUCGGUGACUACAUGGCCAGCAGUCAAUCCGGGAUAUAGAAUAUUCACAUUGGAUGAAACGGGAAAGCCAUUGGAUUUUACCACAUAUUACAGUAAUAUCACACAAGACAACAUCGAUGGCAAACAAAUUGUGCCCAAAUGGCAGAUCGCCUAUACGGCAAAACAGUCGUAUCAAUUGUCAGAACUGUCCAAAGAGGCCUGGGAUGCGUUCAUCACACGGGCCGAUACCGACCAAAAACUAACUGACUUAUACUUUAGUCAUUUGCAUCGUUUUACUGAUGCAUACAUAGAAAAUAUGAGAAAUAGGGGUCAAUAUAAUCCUAAAUACAUUCAUAAUUUGCUUCAAUCGCGUAAAUACAUGUAA